CAGCUCAUUUUCUGCUUCAGACUCAGAAACAAGAACACAAAGGAGAGGCUGCUGGUGCUGCUGCUUCAUUCAUCCCCUCAUCCAUUCACCCGUCCAUCAGUGAGCGGUGAGGAUGGACCCACUGCAGGACCACAGGAGUUUUGUUCAGCUCCUCUCAGUUGUGCUGCUGAUGUCAUCGUGGUGCGUUCAGGGUCUCCAUGUCAACGUGUUUCCCAGGAAGCCUCUGUUCAGGCUCGGCGCUCGCCAGCAGAUGGUCUGCUGGGUUCAGGACUGUCCCACGGUACCGAGCAUUUCCUGGUUCACUGUUAAUGACCGUCCGCUAUUGGGGUCUACCCGCACCAACAGAACGCACUCUGUCCUGACCUUUGACCCUGUGACGAUAGAAGACGAAGGACAGCUGGCGUGUAAAGUCAUUUGUGGACGACAAACACCACAGAACCGAACCUCUGUCAGUGUUUACUCAUUUCCUUCAGACCCUGUGGUCACAGGUCAGGACCACCUGAGAGAUCACCUAGAGACGGUCCUCACCUGCCAGGUGUCAGAUCUGUAUCCUGCUGUGGACGUGAACUUCACCUGGCUCAAAGGAGACACCGUUCUGAUGACCACUAUGAAAGAUUCUGGGUCCAGCUCCAUUCAGUACCUGCCCCUGAGAGAGGACUCGGGAGGGAACAUCACCUGUAGGGCAACGCUGGACCUGCAGGAUCUGCCAUCUGAGUCCAGAACCAGAGAGACCACCAUCCCCCUAAAUGUCCUCUAUGCCCCUAUCAUCAGGAAUAUGUCCGACCCUGUGGAAGUGAUGGACGGCUCUCCGCUGACUCUCAGCUGUUCUGCAGAGGGAAACCCUGAGCCGACCAUCACCUGGACAGUAGGUGGUAGGUCUCUGCAGCGAGGUCGAGGUGGUCAGCUCCACUUAUCGCCGGUCAAACUUUCAGACGCCGGACAAUACGAAUGUGAAGCCAGAAACUCAAUAGGAAACCAGACUGCAGCUAUAAAAGUCACUGUUCUAGCUCCGCCCACCACAACCUCCCUGUCGGUGGAUCCAAGUGAGGAGGUCGUGGAAGGUCAGCAGGUUAAUAUUACCUGUAGCUCUGAAGGAGCUCCGCCUCCUACACUUGUUCUAAAGAGGGAAGGGGAGGAGCUUCUGAGGACUGACUCCGCCUCCUUACUGAACUUCAGCCUUCCUUCUGCUUUUCUGGAAGGCUCCACCCUCUACGAGUGUGAAGCCUCCAACCGGUAUGGCUCCCAGCAGGCCUUCAGGUCCAUCACUGUUAGAGCUCACCCUCUGCAGGUGGAGGCGAGUCCUGAGGUCUCAGCGGAGCGAGGCUCAGCCCUGACCCUGACCUGCAGGGCCUCCGGGUGCCUGCACCCCCCCACCCUCAGCUGGAGGAGGACAGACCGGAACCGGACCCUCCUCCAGAAGACGGAGCAGCAGGACGGCUGGUCACAGCUCCACCUGCGGAACCUGGAUGUCCAGCAUCAGGGAGGAUACAGCUGUGAGGCUGAGUGUGACUCCGUCAUCAGGACCAGGGAGAUCCACGUUCAGGUCUACUCGUUCCCCUCUGAUCCCGUUCUGGAGGAUCCCGGUCCAGUCCUGCUGAACAAGGAAACCCAAUUUCGCUGUGAUGUCAUCAACAUCUUCUCAGCCAAUCAGCUGAGGUUCCGCUGGGUUUCGGGAAACACAACUUUGAUGACCGAGAUGUACAAGUUCUCCGGUUCCCUGCAGAACAUCUCGUCUGUUCUAAAGCACCAGUUCAAGGAGGUGCAGCAGGUCCUGACCUGCAAGGUGGAGCUGCUGACAGAGGAUAGAGGAGUUUGGAGGUCCAGAUGGACCAGCAUUGCUCUGCAGAUCCACUAUCCUCCGAGGUCGACCUCCCUGUCAAUCAGUCCAGGUGAGGAGGUCCUGGAGGGUCAGCAGGUGACGUUUACCUGCCGUUCAUACGGAGCUCCGCCCCCCAUGGUGGUGCUAAGGAAGAAUGGGGAUGAGCUUCUAAGGAGUGACCCCAACUCCUCAUCCUCUGUCACCCUCAGCAUCUCCUCCACCCUUCUGGAAGAGUCGGGCCAUUACCAGUGCGAAGCCUCUAACCAGUACGGCACCCAGUUUGUCUCCAGCUCCAUCACUGUCAAAGCUCCCCCGAGGAACACUACCGUCCUCAUCCUUCCAUCUACGGAGGUCCAGGAGGGACAAAAUGUGACUGUCUGCUGCCAAACAAUCAGCUUCCCACCAUCUGCGGUGAUCCUGAAGAAGCUGAACAACGGAACCGAGCUGUUUUCCACCAACGGCACCUUCCUGCUGGUCAACUUCACAUCCAGAGACUCGGGGUUGUACCAGGUCAACGUGAGCAACGAUCUCGGCUCUGAGAUCAAAGUCUUCAGCAUCAGAGUCAGAGAGGUUAGAACCGGACUUCCUCCAGGCUUCAACAUCAUCCUCAUCUCAGCCGCUGCCGUUGCUGCGGGACUGACUGCUUCUGCUCUGGUUCUCGACUACAUGAGGAGAUCCAGGAAAAAAGGUUUUUAUCAGCUGCCCCAGUCCGCCCCGUCUUCAGCAUGAUGCUAGCAGUGAGCCAACAGACUCCUUCCUGAAAGCUCUAAAACAUGGCUUCUUCUUCGACCCUCUGUGAUUUCCACACCCAAACGUGUUGCUACCAAGUUUUAAAGUCGUGUCCUUUAAAAUUUGGUGUGUGAUUCCAAGAAGAUAGCUGCUGGAAUACUGGAGUAGGGCUUAGAGGCACUGAAAUGUGGCAGCUGACUGACAGGAUGUGGCUUCAGUGUUUCUGUAUGAGGCCAACUGCAUUGGGACCUGAACAUAUUUGGAGACAAUCUCAAACUAGUGCUAAACCUCCCAAAUCUUUGAUUCCCUGACAACUAACGUGCGUCAUGUGGCCAAAGUAGGGCUACAUGUUACAUCUCCUCUCAAUGCGAAGCUUCUUAGAUCGCAGCCUUGUCUUUCACAUCCCCAAUAAGAUUCAAAAUGUCCCAGUUUUCCCAGCAUACAGUGCUGUAACACUAGUGUUUCUGCUUUUUAAUCACAUUUAAAUGUUUGAUGUCACCAAGCUAAUUUAAUCUCAGAAUUAAUAACAAAAUAUAGUUUUAAGUGAUAAUUUAAUUUAUUAAAGGAAAAGCGAACCAGCCUGUUCCAUUGUUCACUUGUUAAAUCAUGAAUCAUUUGUGAUUAUCCACUUUUUUGUAACUUGGAGUGCAAUUACACUCCCAACACUCAGCCUGACCUUUAUAAUCAAGAACCUGUCUGACAACACGAAGCAGGCUAAAAGAUCUCAAACAGCAUCACAUCAUGACCUGAUCUAAAGAAAUUCAAGAACAGAUGAAGAGCAAACUUACUGACAUCUAUCAGUCUGGAAAGGGUUGCAGAUCCAUUUCUAAGGCGUUGGGACUCCAGAGAACCUCAGUGAGAGCCUUUACCCACAGAUGGAGGAAACAUGGAACAGUGGAAAACCUUCCCUGGAGUGGACAGAGUGCCAACAUUACUCCAAGAGCUCAUCCACAACUCAUCCAGGAGGUCAGAGAAGAACUUAGGGGAACAGCAAAAGCUCUACAGGCCUUCCUGCCUCAGUUAAGGUCAGAGGUCAAGAUUCAACAAUAAGGAAAAGAGACUGGGCAAAGAUGGCCUCCAUGGGCAAGUUCCAAGGCCAGAUCCACUGCUGACCCUAAAGAACAUGAAAGUCCAUCUCACAUUUACCUAAAAACAUCUUGAUCCUCAAGAGCUCUGAGGAAAAUAUUCUGUGGACUGAAGAGACUAAAGUGGACCUUUUUGGAAAGUGUGUGUCUUGUUACAUCUAAAACUAAAAGCUUCAGAAACAGAACGUCAUACCUGGAGUCAAACAUGCUUCACGUCUUCAGGACCUGGACAACCUGCUGUGAUGGAAGGAGCCAUGAAAACCCUGAAAGAGAAUGUCCAGCCGUAAGUUUGUGACCUUGACCCCGGGCACACUUGGGUUAUUAUGGUCCAAAGUACACUAGCCAGACCACCUCUAAAUGCAGAACAAAAUAGAAGACUUUCAGUGGCAUAGUCAAAGUCUGGACCAAAAUCAGUUUGAGAUUGUGUGGAAAACCCCUGAAUGAAUUAAAGCAUUCCUCUAAUGGAAAGUGGGCCAGAAAUGGCUCCACAGACUCGGUACCAGUUACUGCAAAUGGCAGAACCAGAUUUAGGUUUAGUGGCCGAUUCCAGGUUGGUUUAAAUCGCUUUUCCAUUAAUACAUGAAAUUAUCCGUUAAAUGUUUCCGAUCAUCAACCUGAGUAAAUAAAAACAUUUUAAGUGGGACAAAAAAAAAAGGAAAAACAAAAGAAAUCUGCAACGGGGGUGAAUACUUUUCCACAGCACUGUAUGCAGACAGUGGCAUGUACCGACUAUUGGGUCUCAGCAUUAAAACAUGUUGCUGUCUUUCCCCUAAAUGUGACGUCUACCUCAUCCUCCCUUUGAACUGCGGUUGUGAGCCCAGCGUUUGGUUGAUGCGUCCCAAACCUGCGGUGGGAACCACAGGAAUGUAAAUACUGCUUAUCAGAACCCUCGAGGCUUUCUACUCUUUGCACAUAUCGACAGGCAGCUGGAACCCCCUCCAUGUGGACCCCAUGACCACCCUGCAGGAAAGGUUCUAAUGGGUCGACUCUGAAAUGUUGUUAAACUGUUUCGACUGGUUUUUUUUUCCUCCUCAUGAAGGAAAACAUAUUCAGUUUAAACUUGUACUUUCAUUUCCUUCUGUUUGAUACUGAUGCAGCUACGUGUUUUUAUUAAAGAUUCUGCUGAUCUAA